AUGACAUUUGAUGAUGCCAAUGGGGACAUCGUGGUAGUACGAGACGACGCAAUACAUUACUAUGGGGUCAAUGGGCGUGGUCCGUCGUUCGCCUACGAAGGACCUAAACAACUCGUCAGCAUAUUCGGCGACUAUGUUGCCCUCGUUACUCCUCCAAAAGCAUCCCCUCCCACCAAAAUGAGUACACUUCGUAGAUUUGUCGGCAGCCAAAGAGAUGAUUUGUACAAUACAUCUACUUUUGCACUGCUGGACACGGAUUUGAAAUACAUAGCUCAUACGGAGACUCUCAUAUCCCAAGUCAAAGCCCUCUUCAUUGAGUGGAAUGAUCUGUUCUUGUUGACCCUGGAUGGCAAACUCUUUCGGUAUCACGAGAAGACUCUGCAGCAGAAGCUUGAGAUUCUCUACCAGCGUGAUCUCUAUGUCCUUGCUAUCAACUUCGCCCAGAAAGCUGGCGUCGACACUGCUCAACGCAACGUGAUUCUCCGCAAGUACGGUGAUUACCUGCAUAAGAAGGGUGACUACGACACUGCUAUGCAACAAUAUUUGAAAGCAAUUGACAACACCGAGCCUUCACAGGUGAUACGCAAAUUCCUCGAUUCCCAGCGGAUCAAUAAUCUCAUUGAGUAUCUUGAGGAACUACAUGAUCAUGACAAAGCCACUGUCGAUCAUACUACACUUCUCCUCAAUUGCUAUGCUAAACUGAAGGACACCGAAAAGCUUGAGACAUUCAUCAAGUCCGGGACGAAUUUCGACCUAGAGACAGCGAUUAGUAUGUGCCGACAAGGAAGUUAUUACGACCAAGCGGUCUUCCUCGCCAAGAAGAACAGCGAACAUGAGCUAGUCAUCGACAUAUUGAUCGAGGACUCCAAGAAAUACGAGGAUGCUCUAGACUAUAUCUGGCGGCUUGCACCUGAGAUGGCCUACCCAAAUAUGAUGAAGUAUGCCAGAAUCUUGCUUGAGCAUUGCGAGGAAGAUGCUACUCAGAUCUUCAUCGAUUACUACACGGGCCAAUAUCGACCGAGGGAGGACGUGCCAAUACCCACGGUGCAGGAGCCCCAAGGUGGUGGAGCCUACAACGUCGCGAACCUGACCUCCUUUAUUCCUUUACCAUACCGCCAAGCAAGCGUUAAUCCAUCCCCUGGGACAGCCGGCAACCAGCAGUUGGCGGGCGCCGACGCAGCAGAUGCGGAAGCUGGUCAAGCUCCACCCGAGUAUGACAAACCAAAGCCGCGAACAGCCUUUUCAUCAUUCGUUGAUCAUCCCGAAAAUUUCAUCACUUUCCUCGAGGCAUGCUUGAAGCAAGAGAACCUCGACAAGAGCGACAUGACCGACCUGUAUACUGCACUAUUUGAGAUGUAUCUGGAGACUGCUAAUACCAAGAAAGGCGAGGAGAAGGAAACAUGGGAGGCGAAAGCCAAAAAAUUGAUUGACGGCAAAGACAUUCCUAUAGACGCUUCGAAUGUUCUAUUGCUCUCACAUCUCUCAAAUUUCCGUGACGGUACGACCCUAGUCAGAGAGCAGCAAGGUCUUCGGUUCGACAUUUUUCGGUCUUAUACCUCUGCCAACGAUACUGCUGGGGCGAUCAAAGCAUUGAGGAAAUACGGCCCUGAAGAGCCCCAGCUAUACCCAGCUGCCCUUGCGUACUUCACAUCUGAUCCUAAGAUUCUGGAAGAAGCGGGCCAUGAAUUGGACCUUGUCUUGAAGAAGAUUGACCAAGAUGGCCUGAUGGCACCAUUACAAGUAAUACAAACAUUGAGCACGAAUGCUGUUGCAACAAUGGGUAUGGUCAAGAAAUAUCUCAGUGACACCAUCGAGAGGGAGAGAAAAGAGAUUUCAAAUAAUCGUCGUCUCAUCGAAAGCUACCGUACCGAGACCGAGUCUAAGCGAAAAGAGAUGGACGAUCUGGGCAAUAAGCCUGCUGUCUUCCAGGCCACACGAUGCGCCGCGUGUGGUAGGAGCCUGGAUCUACCAACGGUGCACUUUCUAUGCAAGCACUCAUUCCACCAAAGUUGCCUCAACGAGACAGAUGGGGUGGAGGCGGAGUGUCCAAAAUGUGCUGCGGCAAAUAAUAAUAUCCGUUCUUUCAGAAAAGCGCAGGAGGACUCGGCGGAUAGGCACGAUAUGUUUCAAGACGCAUUGCAGCGAAGUCGAGAUAAAUUUGGGACGAUCAGCGAAUUCUUCGGUAGAGGUGUCAUGACGGCGCCAACUGCAGAAUAG